AUGGAGGGCGGCUCCACAGAAGCCAGCAGCAGCUCCCAGGGAGGCACCGGCUGGCUGGAUCCUACCCUUGUCACCUGCACUGAAACAGUGACUUUCACUGAAGUGGUGGCAGAAGAGGAGUGGGGAUCCUUUUACUAUUCUUUUAAGACAGAGCAGCUGGUGACUCUUUGGAUUCUCUUUAUUGUCACAAUUGCUGGAAAUGCCAUUGUGCUCUUCUCUACCUGGAGGAGGAAGCGGAAAUCUCGAAUGACCUUCUUCGUUACACAGCUGGCAAUCACAGAUUCAUUCACAGGACUCAUAAACAUAAUGACUGACAUUAUUUGGCGCUACACUGGAGAUUUCAUGGCUCCUGAUAUCAUUUGCAGAGUCGUUCGCUACUUCCAGGUGGUCCUUCUAUAUGCCUCGACUUACGUCCUUGUGUCACUAAGCAUAGACCGGUAUCAUGCCAUAGUUUACCCAAUGAAGUUCUUGCAAGGAGAAAGACAGGCGAAAGUUCUUAUUGGACUGGCCUGGAGCCUCUCUUUCCUGUUUUCCAUACCGACUCUCAUUAUUUUUGGGAAACGGCAGCUCUCCAAUGGGGAAGUGCAGUGCUGGGCUCUCUGGCCUGAUGACUCCUACUGGAUACCCUACAUGACAGUGGUGGCUUUCCUGGUGUACUUCAUUCCUCUGAUCAUUAUCAGCGUCAUAUACUCAAUCGUGAUUCGAACCAUCUGGAUGAAGAGCAAAGCUCGGGCUGUCAUCAUAUCCAGCUGCCCUGGUGGCAAAACCUUUGCUGGCUACACCAGUCGUGGGUUCAUAUCCAGGGCAAAAGUGAAAGCGAUCAAGUACAGCAUUGUAAUUGUUCUUGCAUUUGUUCUCUGUUGGAGCCCUUACUUUCUUUUUGAUAUCCUGGACAACUUCAACAUACUCCCUGAGACCAAAGAGCGCUUCUAUGCAUCCGUGAUCAUUCAGAACCUGCCAGCCUUGAACAGUGCCAUCAACCCCCUCAUCUACUGCCUCUUCAGCAACCACCUCUGCCCCCCUUGUUCUUUAGGGAAGCUGGGGGGAACUUUCCGGGACAGGAGUGAUGGAGGGCAGGAGAUGCAGGUUCUGUCCAAACCAGAAUACAUCUAG